AAAAAUAUAAACAAAGUUGAAUCUGGAACGUCAUAACAUUGUUGCAUUUUUGUACUUGCAAGUUCAUAAAUAAUUAUUAUUCUAAAUUAGUGAUUAAUAUUUAGUAUUCCUAAUAAUUACUACCAAUUAUAACCACAAUGAGCAACAAGAAUUCGGCAUUGGCAUCCUUGACAGCCACAUACACAGAUUCCGAGAAUGAAGACGAUAACAAAUCGGAAGAUGGUUCAGUUGCUUCGGACAAUGAAAGUUCGUCGUCACAGAACCGGGCACGCUCAAGGCAGCAGACACCGAUGCGCGACCAGUCAGAAUCUUCUGUUACACCACCCGUGGCUACGCUCGUACCAAAAGCACCAGCUUCUACCGCGACAGCCGGCGGAUCCAACGAAGGGGCCUCAUCCCGACAAAAAGCAUUACGAUUAGUCAGUUAUUUCGACGACACGGUUGUUUCCGAUGACGAAAAUGUGUCCCCUAGGAGAGACCAAGAACAUAUGGAUAUUUCUGAAGAUGAGACGCCUACAAUGGAGUCAAUUCCAUCGCCCAAAAAAAUUGAUCGCGCCAAACUGUACGGAUUUAGUUUGCCACCUGAACCAAAGGGAAAAUGUUCUCUGGAAUUGCAGGAAAAAAUAACGAAUCUCUACGAGAAAAUGAAGAACUCAAGCAUGGACACCAACAAAAUUAUCCAGGAGCGCAAAGAGUUUCGCAAUCCUAGCAUUUACGAGAAGUUGAUCCAGUUUUGCGACAUCAACGAAUUGGGAACCAACUAUUCGUCGGACAUUUUUGAUCCUUCUCAGUGGGGCAAAGAAUCGUACUAUGAAGAGUUGGCCAAAGCGCAGAAAACGGAAAUGGAAAAGGUGGAAAAGGCCCGUAAAGAGAAUGCUAAAACUGAAAUUCAGGUCGGUGUCAAGAAGAUGGAUCCGGAUGAAUCCAAAAAGCGUAAAUCGAAAUGGGAUCAACCUGGAGUGCUGGGUGCCGCUCCAGGGGCUGUAGGUACAACGGCUGCUCUUAAACCGGCCGGAAUUAUAGCCCAAACGCUUACAGCCACAGCAACUGGAACAAAAGGGACGGUUAUAUCUGCAUUCGGUUCCUUGCCCAAGAAACCGAAAGUUUAGAAUGCUCAUUCGUGUAGCAUCAAUCAUAUCACAGCCGGCUGAACUAGGUUUGGAGUAGAGUAUAAUCUAGAACAGAACAGAUUGGUGUCAUUUAUCUACGAUGAAUUGUAAUAUAAUCAUAAUGAUUGAGAGGUAAAUUGUUGU